GCAGGUCGGAAAAUACACUGUGGAGGAUAGAUACCAUCCUUGUUUUGUUAUGAUUUCGCGUAAAAGUAGAACAACUGUUAAUAAAAGAGGAACGAGAAAAGAUAUCGUUGACACGCUAGAAGAACUUAAUGUUUACUGCGGUAUGGUUUAAUCGACGAAGAAAAGUGAUCGAAAAAGUUCAUCCGUCCACGGAUUCUAAACGCAGAAAACAUUAAAGGGGAGAUCAGUGCUUAUAGGGUCGCCUGCAGUAUGCUCAGGGUUUACAAUACAGGGAUAUUAUGGCUGCAGGUGAGCCUCGUCAAGAAAAACAAUACGAUUACCUCCUCAAAUUUCUGUUGGUGGGUGACAGUGAUGUUGGAAAGCAAGAGAUCUUGAGUGGACUCGAAGAUGGUGCUGCCGAAUCUCCGUUUUGCAGCGGCAGUGCAUAUAAGACUACUACUAUCCUGCUGGAUGGGAAAAGAGUGAAAUUACAACUAUGGGACACAUCAGGUCAAGGUAGAUUUUGUACAAUAAUCAGAUCUUAUUCUCGUGGUGCACAAGGUAUACUUUUAGUCUAUGACAUUACCAAUAAAUGGUCUUUCGAUGGCAUCGACAGAUGGUUGAAGGAAGUCGAAGAGCAUGCUCCUGGGGUACCAAAAGUACUUGUCGGCAAUCGCCUUCAUUUAGCUUUUAAAAGACGAGUAGGAGAACGCGAUGCGGAAGCGUACGCAGCUAAAAAUCGUAUGGCAUUUUUCGAGGUCUCUCCUCUUUGUGAUUUUAACAUACGCGAAAGUUUCUCUGAACUUUCUCGCAUGGCUUUACAUCGUAAUGGCAUGGAAAGACUAUGGCGAUCUAAUAAAGUACUCAGUCUGCAAGAACUUGCGUGUCGUGCAAUAGUAGCGCGAACGACAGUUUACGGUAUCGAUCAGCUUCCAUUGCCUAAAUCUAUUAAAUCUCACUUAAAAUCUUACGCAAUGACGACUACAUCUCAGUUACGGUAUAAUGGAAAUAGGUCAUUGAGCUCUAGUAAAAGCCUAGGUUCUCAUCACCGAAAAUUACGUUUCGUUGGAGUGGGUCAUAACGGACUAUCGACUCCAGGUAGUUCGCCUGGUAGUAUAACAGAUUCCCGUACCAGUUGCGUUGGUCGUAAUUCUUGCACGAUAUCUUGAGAGUAAUUUCAAGGUUGCUGUUAACUUACAAACAUGCAACAUAACGUCAACGUUCUUCCUCCCUGUUUUAAUGUGUAGCGUUUUGAUAAAAUAUGUGCCAUCGGAAGUGGUAAAGAAUUUUGUAAUAUUUCUUCUUAAAUAAUACUUAUAUGAAUUGUCAACAAUAUAACAAAGGAAAAUGUGAUUUACUUACAAUCAAGAAAUCUAGAUAACCAUAAUACUUUUACACUUGAUGUAACAGUCGUUAUACGUUGAAAUACUUUUUAUGUUGUAUUUUUCAGAAUUUCCAAGGUAUAAAAAUGUAUGAUAAUAAUAAUAAUAAUAAUAAUAAUAAUAAUAAUAGUAAUAGUAAUAAUAAUGAGCUUAAGCAGAAUUAAUUUCAUAUGGAUCGCUAUAAGCGUGCUAUUUGUUACACGGAAUAGUAUCUGACUUUGGCAUAAGCAAUCAAUUGCUUAGUAAUAUUGCACAUGUCAGUUUAUACGAUAUCUUUAAUGAAAUUCUUAAAGAUUUAUCAUUCAAAAUUUGGAAGAGUACGAAUUUUACCGAACAAAUAGCAAUAUGUUAUAGAGUCACGCAAUAAUCGAUUAAAAAUGUGUGAAUAUUUUAUUGAAUCUUCGUUUUACGUACUUCAGUACACUAUGUCUUUUUAAAAUAAAUAAAGCAGGAAAUGUUGAAGUGAAAAGUACAAGUUCAUUAAGUCUACAGGGGUUGUGGUGUAGACUAGGAAUAAUGUAAGUUGAAUAGUUUAGAGCAGCUAAUUGAAUAUUAGUAUGUAAGAACGAAGUUCCCAAUAGUUACUACAUAUAACUUUUUGGAAGAUUCAUUGAUUUUUAUACGCUAAUUUUUAAUAAUAAUAUAAUAAGUUAAAACAAUUGUUUUAGUGUAUCGCAACAAAAUUUGUAUUUCCAUAUCUACCGAAGCAAAUGCGAGAAUUUAUGUUAAAUAUUUAAUUUUCUCUUUCAUUAUUAUCAAAACCUAUUUAUUGUGCAAAAUUGAAUCAAAUUUUCUAUAAUAAUGCAAAUUAUAUAUUUUAAUCGUAUUAUUUAAUUUUACUUUAAUCUUAUUUAAAUAACUUAAUAUUAUUAUGCAUUAUAUUAUUUGUACAGUGUAGGUUUACAAAAAAUAUGUUGUGUAUUAUGUAAAUAUAGAAGGACACGUUUAUAAUAUAUUUCGACAAAUUUCAUUGCAAAAGAUUACUAUGGUAUCACAACAUCGAUAAUAUUACUCGUUUAGCUAUUUAGUUUGAUAACUUUUUAAAUUUUAUUCGAUAUUUAUUCUUCUAUUAAGAGCUGUAAUAGUAAUGUUAAAUCGUGGAAAUCGAUUGUUCAUGAAAUGUAUCGAAAUAUAACAACAAUUUAUAUGAAAACUUUUUUUUUAAAGAUUACAAUAUCAAGAAAACACGUAAGAUGUAUUUGUACUAUGUAAGAUUCAAAUUAAAUUAUAUGUAUAUAUAAAA